GGCUCCAUCGCAGGAUUAUUGACAAAUUCUUUCUGAGGUUUUCACUUGUCAGAACUAGCAGAGGCACCGCGUCAGAAGAGCGUUGGAGAGGAAGGAGGCGCCGAUUCAGGGAGAGUGGAGGGAGAUAUACAGGUGAAGAUGGAGGUGUUGUGUUAAAAAGCAGCCUGCGUUGUCGGCGUGACACCCAGAGCAGCAGGAGAGACACAUCUGACACAAGGAGGGAGGGGGACUCAGCAAACACUCAGGCAACCAUGGAGUUCAGCUCCAAGGACAUGGCCUUGAAGGCGCAGAAGAAGAUCCUCAGCAGCAUGGCCAACAGGAGCUCUGUGCAAAUGUUCAUCGACGACACCACAAGCGAGAUCCUGGAUGAACUGUACCGGGUCUCCAAGGAGUACACGGGCAACAAAGCCGAGGCACAGAAGAUCCUCAAAAACCUGAUCAAGAUCGCGGUGAAGAUCGGCUUGCUGUUCAGGAACAACCGUUUCAAUGAGGAGGAACUGGUGAUAGCUAAAGACUUCAAGAAGAAGCUCAAUCAAGGAGCCAUGACAGCUACCAGCUUCUACGAGGUGGACUUUACGUUCGAGCAGACGGUGAUGUCGGACCUGCUGUCCGACUGCAGGGAUCUGUUGCUGAAGCUGGUCAACACCCACCUCACAACUAAAUCUCACGAUCGCAUCAAUCGUGUCUUCAACCAUUAUUCCGACCCUCAGCUCCUGACCAAACUGUACGACCCCAGCGGCCCCUUCAGACCCCACCUCACCAAAAUCUGUAAAGGACUCAACAAACUGAUGGAGGAUGGGACAAUAUGACAUCCAAGCAAAAAGACAUGUAACAGACGUUGGGAGAACAUCAGGGAGACAAACUAAAGACUGUCUUAAUGCUACUGAGGAACCGUAACACAAUACUUGAUUUGAAAACAAAAUUUGCCGCCCCGUAAAUCUCUCAGGAAAAGUAUGGAAUGAAAUCAAAUUUGUCCAUUUCAGGGGCGUGUCCAGGGAGUGGCCUGGGGAGGCAAAUGCCAUCCUUGGAAUCCGAUUGGCCAUCCCAGGUGCCACCACACUGAAUUCCCUUUAAAUAGGCUUUUCAUUGUCCACAAAAGGCUUGUGGUAAAAAAAAAAAGCAUAACCAUUGGUGCCACCCAUGCACAAAGUAGUGCCUCACCUGGGCCACCCCAUUUUAAAAGAUCUGGAUACGCCACUGGUCAAUUUGCAUGUUGUUUGUAAACAAGAGACAUUGUGUUUGAGCAUGAUUCACAAAACCCAAAGCUGAUCUCAGAUGUUAGACACGUUUUACUGAGAGCUGCUGAUGACUCCAUGUUAGACCAAUCUGGAGAUGAGGCAACUCAGCUGGAAAGGAGUGGCAAAGCCACUGUGAGACAACACUGCCAUCUGCUGGUCAAAACAGGUGACCUCAGGGUGUUCAGUUAAAAAAAAACAAUAAAAAGAAAAUAACCAAACAAUUGUUAUAAAAUUA